UGUUGAGGGAAAUUCUCAACUAUGGUCUACUUUCUCUGUUGUCUCACUUAACUUUGCUAAAGGCAAUUCUUCCACUUGAAUGCCUGCCAUGGAUUUGCAGCAUUUGCAACACCAUCUUUGAAUUGAGGACACUGAAUAUUUUGUCUUUGUCAGUAGUGUGCACGAGGUAAGAUAAGAGGAGGAGGGAGGUUAUAGAAGUGAGACAGCGGAGUCAGAUCGGGUCAUUUCUUUUCAUGGAUGAGUUAUUAUCAGACACAGAGGAAAAUAUUUUUGAUGCUUCCACCCAACAGCUGGCUUCAAACUAUCUCUGAUUCUCACCUCACAUUUGACUUUGUUGGACAGUUAAAAGUGAACAGGCUUUGGCUCUUGUAAUAACACUUUUAUUUGUUAUACAUUAUCCAAAACUGUCACUUCUUUUUUAAAUGCUUUAAAACCAAAACUAUGGCAUCAUCCAAAGACAUUAGAGAGGAAGAGGAAAAACACCUGACUUUGCUCUUUCACACCUAUGAUGUGGAUUAUUCAGGACGAAUUGAGAAAAAUGAAUUCUCGACCAUUUGCAAGGAGCUCCAUGUACCGUCUCAAGACACCGAUGGCUUAUUCAGCCGCCUUGACAUCGACAAAGACGGUACGGUGAGCUUAGAGGAGUUCAUCACUGGCUUCAAAGAACAACAUCAGGAGGAAGAAGACGAGACUGAAACAGAGGACGUGUGCUCCUUCACUGUGGAAACAAUUGUAAAAACUAAGGAACAGGUCAUAUCCAGCCAGCCACAUCCCGCAGUGAUCAGGGGCAUGAGCGCGGAGGAGCGUGACCGGCUGCGCUCGCUCUUUCACGCCUACGACGUGGACAAGUCUGGGAGGAUCGAGAGGGACGAGUUCCUCACCAUCUGCGCGGAGCUGCAAGUGUCCGCGGCCGAGGCGGACCGCAUUUUUGACAAGCUAGACGUGGACCAGGACGGCACCGUCACCCUGCUGGAGUUCAUCAGCGGCUUCCACGAGCGCUACGGGGAAGACAUGAUGGAGUCGGACGGGGGAGACAUGUCCACCGCCUGGGAGAACUUCGCGGGGAGACUAGGUGAACAGAGCAAGUUCAUCCCCAGGCACGAACAAGCAUCGACGUUGUACCAGAACAUCAGUCUGACGGAGCCCAGACUGAUUCCUCAGUAUGAAAAAGUCAUCGUUAACUUCACCAAAGAGAUCAAACAGCAAAACCUAGAGAUGGAGAACCUGGCGCUUGCCAUCAAACGAGCACAGGACCAGGCGUCCAUGCAGCUCAGUGAGAUGGAGGAGGAGAUGGACCAACGCAUUCACGCGGCAGAGAGAAAAACACGCGAGCAGGAGAAGAGGCGAACGGAGGCCGAACUGAGCGAGCUACGAAGAAGUUAUGAAACUGAAAUUUGUGAGCUUCAGUGUAAGAUCCAGCAGAUGCAGAUGAUUGAAGAUAAAUACAAUAAUAUCACAGUGAAAGACGAGUCACUGGCAUUGAAGAAGAAGAUCACUGAACUAACCCUGGAUAACCAGCGUCUAAAGCAGGAGCUGUUGAAAUCUCAGACCAAAGUGGCCUGUCUGCACAGCGAGAUGGACAUGCUGAAGACAGAGUUAACUGACCACAGCAUCAACACUGAACGAGAUGAGGAGCUCAUGCAGCAGUUCUCUGAUGAGCGCGACAUCCUGGAGAGUCAGAUUGAGAUUCUGCAGAAAGCCAACAGGAAGCUCCACGACAACAACGAUGGCCUAAGGAUGGCACUGGAGAGGGUCACAAAGUCUGGUAAUAGUGGAUCACCAGGAGAAAUAAAGAGCAGAAGUAAAAGCAUCUGUUACACGUCACCACACGCAUUAAUGGACAGGUUCUGCCACCAUUUGAAUGACGAUUUCUCUCCGUACAACCGCCGGCCCAGCUGUGACACUCUGGCCUUGGCCAUGUGUGACCCGGGCCUGAAGCGCAGAAACAGCAGUGAGUGUGAGGAGGACAGCCUGCCUGAGUUCUACAUGGACAGCGGCCUGUCAACACUCAGAGGCUCACACGGUGGCUACGACUCUGAGCACGAGGUCAAAUGUCAUGAAGAGGAGGAGGAGGAGGAGGAGGAGGAGGAGAAAGAGAGGGAGGAGAAGACAAGGGAGGAUGACUACAAUGACAGCAUCAUUGAAGAAUGCGAAGAAAACUCUGACAAUGAGCCAGCAGAGACACAGGACGGUGAGUCAGCGUUUGGGUCAGACAGUAGCUCAGUGUUGGAGUGGAAGCUGCCUGAAUCCAUCAAUGUCACCAAAACCCCUGCCCCAACAACACGAAAGGCCCUCAGUGCCAUCAGUGUUCAGAAGGACGAGGCGAGCGCCAACCUGGGCUACAUGACGUCAGAGAGAGCUUUCAGAAUCGUGUUGGCCGGAGACGCUGCUGUGGGAAAGUCCAGUUUCCUGCUGCGUCUCUGCAAGAAUGAAUUCACACCAAGCUCCAGUGCAACUCUGGGAGUGGAUUUCCAGAUCAAGACACUCGUCGUAGACGGAGAGCCUGUUUUGCUACAGCUGUGGGACACUGCAGGACAGGAAAGGUUUCGCAGCAUUGCAAAGUCUUAUUUCCGCCGGGCGGACGGCGUGUUGCUGCUAUACGAUGUCACCUGUGAAAGAAGCUUUCUAAAUGUCAGAGAGUGGGUGGACAUGAUUGAGCAGGAUGUUUCUUCAGAGGAUGUUCCCAUCAUGCUCGUGGGUAACAAGUGUGACCUAAGACAAAGUGGAGCCAACUUUGUUCCGACCAGCUAUGGAGAAAAACUGGCCAUGACGUACAACACUCUGUUCUGUGAAACCAGUGCCAAAGAUGGCUCCAACAUCCUUGAGGCUGUGCUGCAUUUGGCCAGGCAGGUUAAACAGUAUGCUGCUUUAAAUCAAAAGAGUCACCAUCACUCACUGCCCAGCUUGGAUGCUCCCAGGAAGAAACCAAAUUUCUCCUGUUGCACCUGAUCAAACUCAUCAUUUCUGGACGUGUGACUUAAUGUGAACUCAGUGAAUGUGGAAGGAUAACAAACUGCAGGGAUCUGACUAAACCGAAAUGAGACAUGAUCUCUGCAACGGGAGCAAAUCAUCGUCGCCAUGGUUCUCUACAACUAUUUUAUGAACGGAUGGAAGUGAGCAAGUUUUUUUCUU